AGGGGUGUUGGGGGGGGAGCCUGAGAGCCUGGGGGGGCUGCAAAAAGAGAGAAAGAAAACAGCAGGAACCACAACAAAACGCCAGCCGGGCGGGCGGGCGCGCAGCAGCAGCGGGGCGGCCGAGGCAGUAGCGGCGGCAGCGGCGGCGGCGGCGGAGGCAGCGGCUGGUGCCCGGCUCGGGCUCGGCUCCCGCGACCCCGGGGCGCCGGGCGGGCCCCCCGCCCCCUCCCCCUCCCCCCUUCCCCUUCCCCUUCCCCUCCCAGCGCGCCCGCGCGCCCCGCGGCCCUCGGCGAGCAGCUCGGCUCCCCCCAGCGCUCCCCGGGCCCAAAGAUAUGGCAAUGGUAGUUAGCAGCUGGCGAGAUCCGCAGGACGACGUGGCCGGGGGCAACCCCGGCGGCCCCAACCCCGCAGCGCAGGCGGCCCGCGGCGGCGGCGGCGCCGGCGAGCAGCAGCAGCAGGCGGGCUCGGGCGCGCCGCACACGCCGCAGACCCCGGGCCAGCCCGGAGCGCCCGCCACCCCCGGCACGGCAGGGGACAAGGGCCAGGGCCCGCCCGGCUCGGGCCAGAGCCAGCAGCACAUCGAGUGCGUGGUGUGCGGGGACAAGUCGAGCGGCAAGCACUACGGCCAGUUCACCUGCGAGGGCUGCAAAAGUUUCUUCAAGAGGAGCGUCCGCAGGAACUUAACUUACACAUGCCGUGCCAACAGGAACUGUCCCAUCGACCAGCACCACCGCAACCAGUGCCAAUACUGCCGCCUCAAGAAGUGCCUCAAAGUGGGCAUGAGGCGGGAAGCGGUUCAGCGAGGAAGAAUGCCUCCAACUCAACCCAAUCCAGGCCAGUACGCACUCACCAACGGGGACCCCCUCAACGGCCACUGCUACCUGUCCGGCUACAUCUCGCUGCUGCUGCGCGCGGAGCCCUACCCCACGUCGCGCUACGGCAGCCAAUGCAUGCAGCCCAACAACAUCAUGGGCAUCGAGAACAUCUGCGAGCUGGCCGCGCGCCUGCUCUUCAGCGCCGUCGAGUGGGCCCGCAACAUCCCCUUCUUCCCGGAUCUGCAGAUCACCGACCAGGUGUCCCUGCUACGCCUGACCUGGAGCGAGCUGUUCGUGCUCAACGCAGCCCAGUGCUCCAUGCCGCUGCACGUGGCGCCGCUGCUGGCCGCCGCCGGCCUGCACGCCUCGCCCAUGUCCGCCGACCGCGUCGUGGCCUUCAUGGACCACAUCCGCAUCUUCCAGGAGCAGGUGGAGAAGCUCAAGGCGUUGCACGUCGACUCGGCCGAGUACAGCUGCCUCAAAGCCAUCGUGCUGUUCACGUCAGAUGCCUGUGGCCUGUCGGAUGCCGCCCACAUCGAGAGCCUGCAGGAGAAGUCGCAGUGCGCGCUGGAGGAGUACGUGAGGAGCCAGUACCCUAACCAGCCCAGCCGCUUCGGCAAACUGCUCCUACGACUGCCCUCGCUGCGCACCGUAUCCUCCUCGGUCAUCGAGCAGCUCUUCUUCGUCCGUUUGGUAGGUAAAACCCCCAUCGAAACUCUCAUCCGCGAUAUGUUACUGUCUGGGAGCAGCUUCAACUGGCCUUACAUGUCUAUCCAGUGCUCCUAGACCUUGGGCGCUUCCCACCUGCCCCCACCCCCUAGAGACUCACAGGACCGGCGGGGGGCCGUGGACUCCAAUGCCGCGGGGACACCAGGCGGCCGAUGCAGGGUGCGGUGGGCCGGGCAGCGGGGAGGAGGGCCAGGGCGACAGGAGCAGCCCACCAUGCAGAAAUGCAACCCGAGCUGCAAACCAGGAGAAAAAGAGACUCUUUUUAGUGUCAGAUCUGUGGACACGUUGGAAAGGAAAGGAAAAAGACCUUGUGUCUGAUGAGAAAAAGAAAAAAAUUUGGAAGAGAGGACCAUGAAAAUUUUAAUAAAACAGAAGGAGACUAACGGACCUUCCAGGAUUUAUUGUGGACAGAUGUGGAUAUAUUCUGUACAGAAAACAACACACAUGGAAGUGGACCGAAUCCUAUGUAGAAACACACACACACACACACACACACACAUUGUUAUUCAUUUUGUAAAAUACUAGUCUUUAUUUUCAUUUUUUUGUAAAAUUUAAACAUCGUAUGCACAUAAAAAAGAAACAAGAAUUAGGGGAAAAUAACAUUUUCCAAAUAAUUAUAAAAAAAUUGUCCUGUGUCUAUGUAUCUAUAUCUGUUUUGUAUUUUUUUCUGGUUCCAAACCAGAUUUCCUGUGAUUCUAUACUAAUAAUUUUUGAUAUAACCCUUUGCUUCUUAUAAUGAGUGCGAUAUAUGUUGUCGAGGCUGUUCUUCAAGAAUUAAAAUUGAAGUGAAAAUUUAAACAAAAAAUAAAAGAAUUUAG